AUCAUGCUUCAAAGAACCAUAAUUUGUUAUAUAGUCGCGUUGUGUGUCUUAUAUUUCAAAUAUCUGUAAAUGAAAUAAAUCAAUAUAAGGAAAAAAGCUGCACAAAUAAAUUAAUUGAACUCGAUUCUUAUAUUUUAACCAAAACAAAGUUUUAAUCGCCCCUGUAGUAUGGAAUCGAGGUUAUUUCAUUUAAUGCUCUCUUAGAAACAAUACAAUACGAACGGUAACUUCAGGUGAACGAUACAAACAGCGUCCCUAACAACCAUUAUUUGGGUUUUUUUUGUGAGUUCGUCAUGAACGUAGACGAAAUUGCCCAAAGUUUGGAGGCGCUAAUGGAGUUUACACCGUCAGAACCUCAGGGGAGAAAAGCCAGCCCAACCCAACCCAACCCGAACCAACCCACCCAACCCAACCCGAACCAACCCACCCAACCCAACCCGAACCAACCCACCCAACCCAACCCGAACCAACGCAACCCAACCCAACCCAAUAAUCAGGAAAAUUACAAUAGGUGGAGGCAAAGGGGAAGGAACUGGAGGAAGAAAAGGCUGGAACGACAGCACGAGCAAUCGGUUCUUCAUAAACAGAAAGUAUUACUGUCGGUAGUAACCGACGCCAUGGCCUCGGUGGCCUCCGCCGUGCUGAAGCACACGGGGGCCACUACAAGCGGGUACCAGUGGCGAGGGGGCUCGAGGAGGGGCCGAGGUCGUGGCAGGGGAAGGGGGAGGGUAGAGUAGGUUUUAAUUUUAGAUUCAUUUAAUUUUUUAUGUUAUUUAUUAAUGUUUAUGUAAUUUUUUAUGUUAUUUAUGUUAAGUUAUAGUUAAGUUAUUUAAUAAGUUAUUGAUAGUAUGUAAGUUAUAGUUAUGUAGAUAGUAAAGUCCAGUUCAACGAUACAUUAGAAUGGUCAUCCGUCAAAACACCAGCAUUCUACCUGCCAAACAAUGUCAUCCACCUUCUAUUUACAUUGUUUGGCAGGUGGAAUGAUGGUGUUUUGACGGGUGACCAUUCUAAUAUAUCGUUGCACUGGACUUGAUAAGUUGUUGCGUUUUAUUAUUUUUUAAUAAAAAAAAACAAAUAAA